AUGAAUCAAAGUAAAAUUCGUGGAAUACAUCAGAAACCUAUUCGUUUGGUACAACCAUUUUUGCGAAUAUAUAAGCGUGUGACGAAACGUGGUUAUCAACCGGAAUAUGGCUCAGCAGAGUGGAGCGUUUACCAAGGAGGAGAACUUUGGCUGGAAGGUUUAAAAGUUUAUCAUAGGAAUUCACAUCAUAAAGGCAGAAGAAUCAUCACAACUCAGAGAGAUAAAGAUGCUUGCACCGAGACACUCACAUAUUUUUUCAAUGCACUCGUGAUAAAUGAGUCGGGAUCGUAUAUAUCGGCCGCAAGGGACCUAAUACCCGAAUUAUUUAAGCAAAAGGAUUUCAUAAUAGAGGUUAGAAACAUUGUGAAAAUCGUUACAACGCCCGGUUCUUUUCUUGGAGUGUACUCGGAAAAGAAGUUUACCGUGAUGUUGGGGUUAUUGCGGAAUCAAUUGCAGCAUGAGGAUCCCAGUCACCUUGAUAAGACGUUGGACGCUUUUCAACACGCGAUAAUGUCUUCAUUUGUUUGGUUAAAAUUUGUACCAGAUCAAGCGCAAACCGUUCUAUUCACAAGAUGUAUCAUUUACAUCGCAAGUAUGAGAAAAUUGUUGGGUUUAUACUUGCCAGGUUUUAUUGAAGGAUUUGCCAUUCAAGCAUUAAAUGGGAUUCCGGUGCCAUCGGUAACGGAAGAUAGGUCCAUACCUUGUCUCGUUUCGGAAUCCGUGUUGACCUCGGAUGCAAGAACGAGAAUUUAUUCAAAGAUCAUAACUUCUUCCAAGUGGGCUUUCUUGCUGAGUUUAGAAAUGUUAUCAUUGUAUUAUUUUAGGUUUGCCCAAACUCUCGUGCAAACCCCAAAUGCGAACUCAGAGACGGUUCGUAACAUAACACAAUGUGCUAUAGACAUCUUGGAAUGUAGCAAGAUCCAUCCAACAUUCCCAAUUGACAUCCCUCCUGAUGAUCAUGAUUCGUUAGGUUCGGAUUCACCUGAUAGAGUAAAACUUCAUUUUCCCCUCCCAUUUUACCAACUUUAUCAUCCAAAAUAUCAAUUUAUCCUUGCAACCGUGUUGUUAGAUUUAAAAGAAUUUAAACAGGCCAAACUAGUGUUUUCACAGAUUGGCUUUGAAUACGGAGAAAUAAAUCGACCAAUGGCGGCUCGUUCUUUAUAUAAGGUGGCCACAUGUAUUGUAUUUGGAUCUGACAGCGAUGCGCACCCCGGUAAAUUUGACAUUGUCUUAUUUCGGGAAGCUGCUACAAAAGCGAAUGAAUACUACGAAACAUUAGAAGAACAAGGGAUAUGGGUACAAAUCGCCGAGGUUGAAAAUGUCAAAAAACCGGUACAAGAUUUACUGAGAGACCUUCCAAAGGUAGGAUUAUCAAAAACGGCCAGGUUAGAAAUGUCACCGAUUAAUAAUGCACGUAUAAUGACAUUGGAUCCCGAAUAUUUGAAAGGAAAUGCGGCGGGAAAUAGUAACAAAUCUAAUAAUAAAUCAACUGCAAACAAUUCAAAGAGUAAGGGAGAAGAAAGUGUUACUAAUAAAUGUGAUUAUUGUGAACAACCAUCUGCUACGAUGCAAUGUCCUUGUAAAGUUGUAAGAUAUUGUGAUAAGACAUGUCAGAAAAAUGACUGGAAAGCACACAAAGGAGUUUGUAGUUUGAGAAAGAAAUAA